UAAGUAUCAAAGUAAGUAUAUAAUAAGUAUCUGUAGGAACGAAUAAAUUUAAAUUUAUUAAUUAAAUUUUUUGAAAUUCAAACUGUAUUUGUUGAGUGAUAUAAAUUUCAGUUUUAUUAUAAAAAAGUAGGUUAACUAACAUGACGUCAAGCUAUAGCGAAAUUAAAACCAAUAGCAUUUGGCUGCUGUAGGUCACGUGGAGCGCCUCCACCAAUAGAAAUGCAAACCAGUCUUUGUGUACCUUUUCACAUAAUAGCAAAACAGAGUGUACUCUAUGGAGUGAGUGGUGUUAUAUUUGUCAAUUUUAUGACGCUAAAUACGUAAAUGUGUGAAAUUCAGGAUUAUUCUAUUGAGCAUAAGGAUAUUUAUUCGAGUAAAUAUUCGGGGUGCUCAGACAUGGAUUUGUACAUCACUGACUCACUCCAAGACAUGUUGGACAUGGAUAUAAAGAAUGAAAUAGCAACUGAUCUGAGCAGUAUAACAGAUUUUUCUGACUCACUAGGAUUAAAUUUCUCAGAAUUGCCACCGUUAUUAGAUAUGGACACAGACAACUCAGUGACAUGGCUUAACAAUUCUUCUACAAGUUUCGUCCAUAAUCUCGACUUGUACGGGUCUGAAGCGAAUGCUGUCAUGGUUAAUCCAAAUUCGGUUAUGCCAUCAACGUUUGCGGAAACGCCAGUCAAAAAUAUCGUCAAAGAAGAAGCAUCAAAUCUGUUGCUAACAUCGGCUGCUAACAAUGAUGAUCUGAAUAACAGUACGUCGUUAUCCAGUCCAAAGGAAGAAAAAAGCCAUCUAACAUUCUCACCGAACGCCAUUAAAGUUUCAAAGAUCCAAGAAUCAGAAGAACCUCCGCCGAAAAAACUAGAAGAAGCCACACAAAUGGUUAUAUACGUUAGAAAGCAAGAUAAAGCCGUAGUAAAAGACUUGUUAAAGGAUUUAGACACGAGUAAAGUUAAAACAGCUACCCUACCUGCAGCGACACCUACCGUGCGGGUUAAAAGUCAAUCGGAACUAUUGAAAGUGAAUAACAAAAGCUGUUCAAUAUUAAAUAGUAGUCAUAAAAUAACAAAUUCAUUAGGAACUAAAACUAUUAUAUCUGGUAAUAUACACAUACUGGAUGCUCAGCAAUCUAGGACAAUUUUAGCCAAUGGUAACAAAAACGCGACAAUACUGAUCGACAACUCAUCGCUAAAUAACAGUAGACAACUAAUUAAAACUUCAGUCAGCAGUGCGUUCACAGUGGACACUAGCCAAGCUAAAUAUGUAAAUAAUUCUAGUAAAACAGUAGCGGGAGAAUUCCCUAAACCGGCUUAUUCAUAUUCAUGUCUGAUUGCGAUGGCCUUAAAGAAUUCUAGGACGGGAAGCUUACCAGUUUCAGAGAUUUACAAUUUUAUGUGUCAGCACUUUCCAUACUUCAAAACUGCGCCAAAUGGGUGGAAGAACUCCGUCCGACACAACCUAAGUCUCAAUAAAUGUUUCGAAAAAAUUGAGAAACCCUCAACAAAUGGAAGUCAAAGAAAAGGUUGUUUAUGGGCAAUGAACCCAUCAAAAGUUGGAAAAAUGGAUGAGGAAGUUCAAAAAUGGUCAAGAAAAGAUCCACAAGCAAUCAAAAAAGCGAUGGUAUAUCCAGAAAGUCUCGAAGCGUUGGAGCGAGGGGAAAUGAAGUAUAGUGGGUUCGGCAGCGACAACGAAGUGGACGACGACGUCGACCCGGACGUGGACGCGGAGCUCGACGCAGACUUCGAGAUAGACGCCGAUGUGAAGGAGGCUGUGGAGGAAGAGGAGACUGUUAUUGAGCAGGAGGUGUCGGACCAGGAGUUGGAAGUUGAAGAAGUAGAGGGCACGGGCAUGGUGGGCGGCACAUACCGCCUGCUGGCCACUGGGCCGUCGGGCGCGCUCACCUCCUACAUCGCGGACAUGGAGGCCGAAGACGUCAGUGACAUCGAGGUGUUGGACCAUUCGUAUGAAGAGAUCGACAUUGAUGUUACGAAACCAGUCAAACUAGACCUAUCGCUUACAGAAAAUUAUACAAUUCAUCCAGCGAAACGGGCAAAGACGAACUACAUUUACCAACCAGUUACAACGCAAUCGCAUACAAGCAGACGGAAAACCCCACUGGUGAACAGAGUGGCUUUAGUUUAAAGACUUUAUUUUAACUCUUCUGUGUUAUAAUGAGAAUCAUCUAAUGUUGGUGAAAUAUUAGGUGUAGCAUAGUUUUCCAAAUAUAAAAGUGAAAUAAGUGCAAAUGAGUGACCCCACCCGGCAGCGGUCGCAAGAAUAUUAUAGUAUGGUGAGUUCACACUAUUUAUGAAACAAAGCGCAUUUACAUG